AUCUAAUCUGUUUGACAUUAGACUGGGCCUCGGUGCAGCGUUCAGUCCUUAAAUUCGUCAAACAGCGACUUUUAAACACACACGGUGCUUUACCGGAUCAAUCCGGAUCCACACACGCGGCUGAACACGGGAUCGGAUCUGACAUUCAGCCCGGAGGAUCCGACAAAAGGCGCAACUUUUAUUUUCCGUUCAGGGUUUCGCUUUGAUGUUCGGUGUGUUUACCUGCCGCUAUUGUGCCGCUAUUGUGCCGCUAUUGUGCACUGUUACCGUGUCUGAUCUGCGCUGAAAUAUCAGACUGCGGUUCCGCUGCUGUGUGAUUGUGUUAGAUUGUUAAAGGAAGAUGUUUUAGCUGAAGUUGGUGCUGCUAGGUCCUGGUUAGCUGUGCAGAUUAAACACAUACUCAUUCAUAUCGUGUAUCUCGGCUUCUUUUCAUCAUCACGCCUCGAUCAAGAAGAGAUCGGAACUAAAUCGUCGACAUUUCAUCCGAUCCUGUUUUUAAACAAAGGCUUUUACUUUAGUUUUUCCUCUGGUGAAGAAGGCACAACCCCCUACACAACUGACAUGAUGUUUCCACAAACCAGGCACUCGGCUGCUUCUCAGUCGGCACAACCAUUGAAGUUCACCACGACCGACUCCUGCGACCGCAUCAAAGAUGAGUUCCAGUUCCUCCAAGCCCAGUAUCACAGUCUGAAACUGGAGUGUGAUAAGCUGGCUACAGAGAAAUCCGAGAUGCAGCGUCACUACAUCAUGUAUUACGAGAUGUCUUAUGGACUCAACAUAGAAAUGCACAAACAGGCUGAGAUUGUAAAGAGGAUGAAUGCUAUUUGUGCUCAGGUGCUGCCGUACCUGUCCCAAGAGCACCAGCAGCAGGUCCUGGGAGCAAUUGAGAGAGCCAAGCAGGUCACUCCACCAGAGAUGAACUCAAUCAUUCGGCAGCAGCUCCAGGCUCAUCAGCUUUCUCAGCUGCAGGGUUUGGCCCUGCCCAUGGCUCCUCUGCCCUUGGGCCUGAAUCCUCAGACCCUACCUUCCUCCUCUGCUGCUGCUCCAGGUCUCUUCUCUCUGUCCAGCAUCCUGGCAUCACACGCUCACCUGGCCAAGGAGGAGAAGAAUGCCCGCGAAGCUGCCAGUUCCUCCGAUGCGCACAGAGAUGAAGAUGGAGACAAAUCUGACUAACUCUGCCAAUGAUAGGAUUGUCGCUGGGAGAGGAGCUGGUAUACAAAACAGAGAGCACAGAAAGACGAUUAGAAAAAUGCACAACAUUUUAAUCCUUGUUGAAUCCUUUCCCGACACUAAUCAUUCCUUUAGAGUUUCCUUUUUGUGUUUGUUCUGUUGCUAUAGCAUUGAAAUGAUUUGUAUUUUAUUUUAUUGACAUUUAAUUUCCUGGCCUGCUACACGACAGCUCUGUUUCUUUCUUCAUGUUAGACAGCAGAGUUGGGCAGUAACUGAAUAAGCUUUCAGUGUACCUAUUCAAAAUCUAAAAAAUGAUGUAUUUGUAUUCAGUCCGAGCUACAUUUUGAAACGGCAGUAUUCAGAAUGCAGUUACUGUAUCGUUUUUAAAAGAAUAAGUUUUGAAUACUGCGUGAAUAUAUAUUAAAAAUGUAUUAACAUCACCA